GCCAGGGGAGGCGCAGCCAGAGGCGGCCGCGGAGGGAAGGAAACAGCCGCAGAGGCUGGAAAUCGCUGCCUGGAGGGAGCUACCGCGGGGAGGAGGGAGGAUCGGAGCCCGAUGUCGGUGACGUUUGAGGACGUGGCCAUGUAUUUCUCCCCAGCAGAAUGGGCGCUGCUGGCCGAGGAGCAAAAGCAACUUUACAGAUACGUCAUGUGGGAAAAUUACCAGACUCUGGUCUCGUUAGCAGGAAUCCAAACCCCCAAGCCAGUGGUGAUCUCCAACAUAGAGCGAGGAGAAAAUCUGUGUGUGCUGCGUCCUACAGAAGAUGGAGAUGGGGACAUCCUGAGAGGAACCCACCCAGAUUUUCCAGAUGCAGAGGAGAUCUGGGACUGGUCAGCAAUUGAAAGCUCCUUGGGCUUCUUCCUCACACAAAGCUGUUUCCCUGGAGCAGCACGGGCGAGGAACCUGAACAGAGCUGAGGGGCAGACUCCUGAGGAAGGGACUGGUAACCUGGAGCCACUCAGACCUUUCCCAGGGACAUCAGGGAAGAACCAUUCCAAGAAAUCUAAGCGGGGAAGACAUCACAAGAGGCAGGGGAGGCCACAAAGGCAGAGGAAAAAUCUGACCAGGAAGGAGCCAGCAACCUCAAGAGGCCAUCAGAGGAGAUCCAGGCCAGAUCCAAAGCCUGCAAAGGGCAAAGCAGAGUUCAGAAAGAGCCUAUAUAGCUGCCGUGUGUGCAGGGAAGAAUUCAAAGUGCAGAGAGACCUGAUAAGUCACCACUGGAUGGUUCAUAGGAAAAAGGAACUAUAUCACUGUAGCGAGUGUGGGGAGAGCUUUAGGAGAAAGAAGGAGUUCAGAGCACAUGGGAAAGCUCACAGAAAGAAGAGAGACCAUCCCUGUUCUGAAUGUGGGAAGAUAUUCCACCAGUUAUCGAAUCUCAUUGUUCACCAGAGAAUCCACACUGGAGAGAGACCCUAUCACUGCGCUGAGUGUGGAAAAAGAUUCUUAUACUUAUCAGCUUUUACCAUCCACAAGAGAAUCCACUCAGGAGAGAGACCCUAUGCCUGCACUGAGUGUGGAAAUCAAUUUAUGGAUUCGUCAACAUUGCGUAAUCACCAAAGAAUCCACUCAGAAAAGAGACCCCAUCGCUGUAACCAAUGUGGGAAAGGCUUCAAACUUACAUCAAAUCUUACUAGGCACCAGAAAAUCCACAGCGAAGAGAGACCCUUCUUGUGCCACGAGUGUGGGAAAAAGUUCUGCCUACGAGAGCAUCUGAUCAGACAUCAGAUGAUCCACACUGGGGAGCAGCCCCAUUGCUGUGCUAAGUGUGGGAAAAAAUUCAGUCUCCUUCAAAGUCUCAGGAGACACCAGGAAACCCAUAGUACAGAGAGACUCCAUCGCUGUGCUGAGUGUGGGAAAAUAUUUCGUCAUUCAAACAGUCUUUUUAAACACCAGAGAGUGCACACUGGGAAACUCCAUCGCUGCUCUGACUGUGGAAAAGGCUUUGUCUAUAUACAUCAUCUCACUCGCCACCAGAGAAUCCACACUGGAGAGAAACCCUAUUGCUGCACUGAGUGCGGGAAAAGUUUCACCCAAUCGUCAGGCCUCACCAACCACCAGAGAAUCCAUUCAGGAGAGCGACCCUAUCCCUGCACUCAGUGUGGGAAGUGCUUUGCUCACUCGUCAUCUCUCACUGAACAUCUGAAAACCCAUUCUGGAGAGCGACCAUAUUCCUGUAUUCAGUGUGGGAAGCACUUUGCUCGCUCAUCAUCUCUUACUCAGCAUCAGAGAACCCACUCAGGAGAGCGACCAUAUUCCUGUGCUCAGUGUGGGAAGCGCUUUGCUCGCUCAUCAUAUCUUACUAAACACCAGAGCACCCACUCAGAAUAGAGACUCCUGACCCUGGUGUUUGAUGGAGGGAACCUCUUCAUUCUUCCUUCACCCUGUUCCCAAAGCUGUAAAAGAGAGAGAACUUGCUCCCACUCUGAAAUGUUCCCACCUCUUCACUAAGCAGACAUGAGUUUAGGUGCUGGGUUUGUUAAAAUAAUUUGUAUGGUCCUCAAGAGGUACCGAAACAUUCUAUUGUGGGCAUAAUGGGCUGCAGGUGGGACAGAGAUGACUGGAGUCAUGACUGCACUUUGGAGGCCCUGGUUUCUCCCAAGCCGUUGGUUCACUGCACCUCCCAUCCUCUCAGGCUCCACAAAUUGAAUUCAAUGUUUUAUUUCUUCGUGGAUCUUGGGGUUUGGAAAAAUGGGCAGAGAUUGAAAAGGAGCUUUCGUCUCCUGAGUUAAUGACAGGCUGUGACAUCCCCUGUGUGCCCCUCAUAGUACUGAAUCAAAAGGAAGGUUGUUUUUGAUUUGGCUUUGAGAGAAAAUUAUGACUCAAGCUGUCUUGAUAGUUGGCUUCAUGCAUAAUGCAGCCAGGGUCCUGUCUUCACACCUAAUGGCCAGGCAAGCAAUACCAGCUAGGACCGGCAGGUUAGAGACUGGAGUUUCUGGGUCACACGAUGAUACAGCUAAAGUCAAAACACCUCUUCUCUGAAAUAAUGAGCAUGUCAAACAAUAUAUCAGAGACAACAUUUCUAAGGAACAGCACCAACAGGUGGUGUGGGAUUCUACUUUGGUUUGAUGCUGCAUUUCUUGGUGGACAGACAAGUCAGAAUUCCAUCCCCUACUCUCUGCGAAUCAGCUCUCAUGCCCUCCUUGGAUUAACCGUAUUAAGUGAAAGAUCCUUCUUCAUUACAACAGGAUACAUUGUGGUGACAGGUGCUUUAACUUACAUCUCUACUCACUGGGGCUUCUUGAGCUCCCCAUUCUGUUCCUGAGGGACUCAAGAACAAACAGACCAUGCUGUUCGGUUAUGGACUGUCUUCUUUAUCAUGUUAAUGGUAGAUGCAAAUGCUUGACCUCUAUGGAUGCUACUGUCAUGAUUAGCGUGACUACAUCACUUACCCAACAUCUAUCUAAUUCAUUGUGCCAGAAGAAGUCAUACCAGAAAAAAAGGUAAAGGCACAUGUCAAGGUAGUAAAAGAACUAAAAAAGAGCCACCGUGGCUUUGCAACCAUGUAAAAGAAACAGUGAGAAAUAAAAAGACUUCCUUUAAAAAGUGGAAGUCAGAUCCUAGUGAGGUAAAUAGAAAGGAGCAUAAACACUGCCAAAUUAAGUGUAAAAAUGUAAUUAAAAAAGCCAAAGAGGAGUUUGAAGAACGGCUAGCCAAAAACUCCAAAGGUAAUAACAAUGUUUUUUAAGUACAUCAGAAACAGGAACCCUGCUAAACAAACAGUGGGGCCCCUCGACGAUCGAGAUACAAAAGGAGCACUUAAAGAUGAUAAAGUCAUUGCGGAGAAACUAAAUGGAUUUUUGCUUCAGUCUUCACGGCUGAGGAUGUUAGGGAGAUUCCCAAACCUUAGCCAGCUUUUCUAGGUGACAAAUCCGAGGAACUGUCACAGAUUGAAGUGUCACUAGAGGAGGUUUUGGAAUUAAUUGAUAAACUCAACAAUAACAAGUCACUGGGACCAGAUGGCAUUCACCCAAGAGUCCAGAAAGAACUCAAAUGUGAAGUUGCAGAGCUAUUAACUAGGGUUUGUAACCUGUCCUUUAAAUCGGCUUCUAUACCCAACGACUGAAAGAUAGCUAAUGUAAUGCCAAUAUUUAAAAAGGGCUCUAGAGGUGAUCCCGGCAAUUACAGACCGGUAAUUCUAACGUCCAUACUGGGCAAAUUAGUCGAAACAAUAGUAACAACUAAAAUUGUCAGACACCUAGAAGAACAUAAAUUGUUGGGCAAAAGUCAACAUGGUUUCUGUAAAGGAAAAUCAUGUCUUACUAUUCUAUUAGAGUUCUUCGAAGGGGUCAAUAAACAUGUGGACAAGGGGGAUCCAGUGGACAUAGUGUACUUAGAUUUCCAGAAAGCCUUUGACAAGCUCCCUCACCAAAGGCUCUUACAUAAAUUAAGUUGUCGUGGGAUAAAAGGGAAGGUCCUUUCAUGGACUGAGAACUGGUUAAAAGACAGGGAACAAAGGGAAGGAAUUAAUGGUAAAGUCUCAGAAUGGAGAGGGGUAACUAGCGGUGUUCCCCAAGGGUCAGUCCUCGGACCAACCCUAUUCAACUUUUUCAUAAAUGAUCUGGAGAAAGGGGUAAAAAGUGAGGUGGCAAAGUCUGCAGAUGAUACUAAACUGCUCAAGAUAGUUAAGACCAAAGCAGACUAUGAAGAACUUCAAAAAGAUCUCCCAAAACUAAGUGAUUGGGCAACAAAAUGGCAAAUGAAAUAUAAUGUGGAUAAAUGUAAAGUAAUGCACCUUGGAAAAAAUAACCCCAACUAUACAUAGAAUAUGAUCUGGGCUAAUUUAGCUACAACAAAUCAGGAAAAAGAUCUUGGAGUCAUCGUGGAUAGUUCUCUGAAGAUGUCCACGCAGUGUGCAGAGAUGGUCAAAAAAGCAAACAGGAUGUUAGGAAUCAUUAAAAAGGGGAUAGAGAAUAAGACUGAGAAUAUAUUAUUGCCCUUAUAUAAAUCCAUGGUAGACUCACAUCUUGAAUACUGUGUACAGAUGUGAUGAUCUCAUCUCAAAAAAGAUAUACUGGCACUAGAAAAGGUUCAGAGAAGGGGUUUGGAACAGGUCCCAUAUAAGGAGAGAUUAAGGCGGCUAGGACUUUUCAGCUUGGAAAAGAGGAGACUAAGGGGGGAUACAAUAGAGGUGUAUAAAAUCGUGAGUGAUGUGGAGAAAGUAGAUAAGGAAAAGUUAUUUACUUUAUUCCCAUAAUACAAGAACUAGAGGUCACCAAAUGAAAUCAAUGGGCAGCAGGUUUAAAAACAAAUAAAAGGAAGUUCUUCACACAGUGCACAGACAACUUGUGAAACUCCUCACCUGAGGAGGCUGUGAAGGUUAGGACUAUAACAGCAUUUAAAAAAGAACUGGAUAAAUUCAUGGAGAUUAAGUCCAUUAAUGACUAUUAGCCAGGAUGGGUAAGCCAUGGUGUCCCUAGACUGUUUGUCAGAGGGUGGAGAUAGAUGGCAGGAGAGAGAUCACUUGAUCAUUACCUGUUAGGUUCACUCCCUCUGGGGCACCUGGCAUUGGCCACUGGCGGUAGACAGGAUACUGGGCUGGAUGGACCUUUGGUCUGACCCAGUACGGCCAUUUUUAUGUUCUUAUGUUAAGGCUGAUUCCCUACUCUGGCACUUCGAGUGCAGCAGAUAGGGGCCUGCAAGGAUUCAAAAAAUUAAUACUGGUCCCUCUAGGCUUGUAUUAAACUCCCAAGGUUACAGCUUCUCUCUGACCUUGGAUGGGUAGAUGCUGCCACCACCCAAAUGCAAAUCCCUGGGAACCCAGGAAGGCACAGUUGGGAAUUCCUUUCCCUGGGGUACCCUCAAGCCCUUUCACACCCACUCCCACCCUCCAGGGAGGAGCUGAGAAAGAAAACAAAGGAAAUUAGCUGUUGCCCCCAGGUAAUUAAACAACAUAUGCACAAACCUCUUAGGACACCAGAAAUCCAAUCCUGUUCUUAAAAAAGAUAAUUUUUAUUAAAAACAAAAAGAAAGAACGUACAUCUGGAAUUUAGGCUUUUGCUAGAUUUUUAAAAAGCAAUUCCAAAAAUUAAGCUCUCAAAAUAGCUUUGGGGGGUGUUUGUGGGGGGGUUCACCUUAAAGUUUAGAAGCAAACAAAAGCAUCUGGGGUUAGCACAGAGGAAUCCACUAGCCGUGAGAAAAACAGAAAUAAACCUAAUUGCGUCUUUCUAAACAUUCCUGAUUCUCUUACACAUUUGGAGAAAAGCAACAGAGGAAAUUUUCCCCCCAUUUUAAAAAGUUCUAGCCUUCCCACUGGCUCUUUUGGUCAGGUGCCCUCUCCCUUUCUUUUACCUGGGGGACUUUAACCUUUUACAGGUAAAGCAAGCAAAGAACAGCCACCAAGUGUGAUAUGGGUAUAAAACCUCCAGUAGUCAUGGGGCUUGGACAGAGAUAGGAUCCUGCAUGGGGAACAGGCAGCCCAGAGAGCACUGUUUCAGGGGAGAGAGAGAAUCCUAAAUAGACAGGGAGAGAAACCAGUCCCAGCAACAUCCACAGAUCAAUCCGUGGCCAUACCUCUCUGCCAGAGGCUGAUGAUGAGAAGCGACUUUAUGUCACUAUUGUCUCAUCGUUCCUGGAGGGAAUAAAAUAAUACAAGAGAAAUAUGAGUCUGAAGUGGCUGCACUGUCAUGUGUGUACUGCAUUGCUGACUUUGCCAUGUUUCAGUCAUUUGAGAGAUGAUGUUGGGAAGAAGCAGCCAUCUUGCCUUUCUUACUGGAGCUGGUUAUGCUGUAUGCAGUUCACCUCAGUUGCUAUCUGCUUUAAAUCAUUGUCUGUAUUCUAAAAAUGGGGGUGUUAGAGCACUGAAUUAGUUAAAAGCUCCCAGAAUACUUUGUGCUCAUGCUAAGCUUUAUUGUACAAAUGUACUAGUAGUUAAAUUGUUCUAAACUUUGUUCAUAAUAUAUGCAGAAUCUGUCAGACGCAAGAUAUAUGCUCUCUUAAGGCUUGCCAAAUAUGAACUGCGUGCUAUGUACAGUUAGUGUACAUGUAUCUUUGUUUUUUAUGCUACUUAUAUGCUAUGGUCUCCUGCCAGCUAAACUGUUGCAUGCAUAAUUAGAUAAGAAAAGGUGUGUAAGGUUUGCAGACGUCUCCUGCAUACAUCGGGGUUGCGUUCUUGAAAAAGGUGAUGGAUACCGAAAUGACGUAUAUGGAUACUGAAGUUCAGCUGGAGCUGAUUCUUGCAGAAGAGCAUGAACUAUAAGAAAGAGGAAGAGGUGCCCCAAAAUGUUCCUCCCUCUCUCUCUGCUCAUGGCAUCAAUGACACCUGAAAGACAAGGAAAGUAACACUGCACUUGGGGAGGGUCCCUAGCUGAAAGGAUUCCCGCCGAUUAAACGAAUACAGCAUGCGGUGAGAGAGACUUUUGCUUUGAAUCCAUUUAACUUGUACAGUUAGUUAUUAGUUGUGUUUUACCUAUUAUUUUCCUAUAACUAAGGCUACGUUUUUUUUCACAGAAGUAGAAAAAGUCUCAGAAUCUGUGACUUCCAAAGACCUUCACGACUUUAGCCCUGGCAUCUGGGAGCUGCAAGGUCCCAUCGCCUCCCAUAGUGGCAGGGAGCACGUACAUCCACCGCAUGAGUCAGCGGGCCCCCAAGCUCUCCGCUGCCAUGGGCAGCGAGGUAUCCCGCAGUUUGUAGCAGCUGCUGCAGGUGGAGGCGGGGGCCACCCUGCAGCUCCUGACCCACCUUGGUGGGCACGUGGACCACCACAGCUCCCCACUGCAGUGAUGGCAGGGGGAUUCCUUCCUCUCCACUGCUGCUCCAGAGCUGCCCAGAGCUCCCCCCAGAGCUCCAAGCCACUCCACAGCUGCCCAGUCCCUUCCUGUUUUAUCAAGAAUAUUUUUUAAAAGUCAGGGACGAGUCAUGGGCCUCUGACUUUUUCUUUAGUCUCCAUGAACAAUCCCUUCUUAUCUGUAAACCACUUAAAUUCUCUGUAGUUUUAACUUGUACUUAACUUGUAAUAUUGUUUCAUCUAAGCCAGUGGGUUUGGAUUGAAGGAUUUGAGAAUCUCCAUAUCAGAUAACAGGAUUUGUGCCCAUCAUUUUCUAUUAAUAUACUUUAUAUGAGCUUGUAUUGUCCAGGAGAAGGCUGGACAGUUCAUGUUUUACAUUUCUGGGAGAAGGUCUGGGUUUUUGCUGGUGUUGCUCUGCAGUGUAAUUCAGGAGCCACUGGCUAUAGGACAGUACUGCUGGGAGUAAUUCCCAUGCUGGAGGCAACCUGGGAGAGAACCUGAGUCAAAGGAGUAACUUGCUGUUGUAAUUAUUGGGCCCAAUUCCCUAUUCUUAGCAUUCCCUGGAACUGCUGUGUACAGCACACCCUCCACCACAAAUGCCCAGCGGCCGGCACACCACCACCCCUGCCCAGCACUCCACACAGAGCCACACCACUACUGCCCAAUUCACUUCCCCACAGUCCACCACCACAACUACACAGCACCCUACUCCGACCCCCCGCUGCCCAGCAUUCUAACACACAGACCUCCCCCACUGCCCCCCCCAAGAGACUCCCCACUGGCCAGGGGCCCAAACACACACCUCUAGAGACCCACUCUCUCACACCCUCUCCCCGGCCACAGUCACCGGCCCUGCUGGAAGGUGAUGGCAUCUGCUGGGCUGAGCUGACAGCACAGCCAGGGCCAGUCCACAGCCAAGGUGGGGAAUCACUCUGGUCUCUUGGAACUGGUGUGAUUAGCCAGAGCAGGGUCUGCACCCGCCCUGGCUAGACUCCCUCAGGACCCACUUGCCUGGAGAUAGGGUGACCAUGCAUCCCCAUUUGGCCAGGACAGAUCGCUUUUUAAGCUCUGUCCUGGCCAUCCUGACUUUUUUGACAAAAAUGGGCAUUUUUCCUGUUUGCUCCUGCCAACCCAUCAGUUGGCAAGUGCAAAUGAAACAAAUGCCCAGUUUACCAAAAAAGUCAGCUGCGCCCCCCUAGCGGGGUGUGGAGAAAUGUGUGUGCAGGGGGUGGCGAUGUGAGGUGCCAAGCAGCAGGGCUCAGAGCGGGGGGGUGAGCCCCAGGUAGAAAGGAGCAGGGGUUAGAGGCCAGCCCCAGUUCCUGGCAGUGGUGCGGGGUGUUGGGGCAAGGGAGGAGUCAGCCCGUCCUGGCAGCAGCAUGUGGAGCUGAGGGAGUAGGGGGGUCACUGGAGUGCGGAGCUAUUGAGGGGUCAGUCCCAGUGGUGGAUUUAGAGUUAGUGGGGCCUUGUGUCCGGCUUAAUUUUUGGGGCCCCACCUUGGGACCCAGCCAAGAAAAAGAACAUUCUCUCUUAUCUCCCUCCUGCCCCCAUUUUUGGUUAUUUUUUCUUCAUCUUCCUCCUAUAAGUAAUAGCAAGUACAUGAAAAUAAAGUGAGGUACCUUGA